AUUCCAGCCUGUAGGGCACAAAACCAAUUUAGUGAGUCACAACUGGCAUUUAAAAAAGUGAAAUAGAGUAGAAAAAUAUCAAAGCCCAUCACAUGUAGCAAGGGCAAAUUUUAUUUCAGGAAAUUCUUACUGCAUGAGCACAGGACGGGGAAGUAUGUGGGGGUGUAUGUGCAUAUACUGGGUCUUGAUGUAAAUUGUUUUUAUGAUUGUGGUUCAUGGUCUAAAUAGUUUAAACACUGCUCUAAAGGGAAGAUGUUUUUUCAGUCAACUUAGGUUGUUUACACUGUAAGGCUGCAACCUACUGUAAUUAUGUAUAACAAUCUGUUUAUCAGUUCAUAGAUGUAGUUCCUAUAAAAUUAAUUCAAUAACUAAAGAAAAGCCAAUAAAAUCAACAGCAUCAUUUGGGGGGAAAAGUUGACUGAACCUAAAUUGCUGCUGUCAGUAUACGUUCAGCACAGAUUUGACACCCUGGCUCCUUGAGUUCUGCACACCCACCCUGCAGUCUCUAGUGUCCAGCGACGUGGUCCUCCGAGGCUUCUGAAGAGCCAUCAUCCAUCACUUUGCAUAAAUGUGCCUUGAAUUAAAUGUGCAGAAUCAAGUUGUCUUAAGCCCAUGUAGUUAGAGUGGUGCCACUUGGUACCAAUACAGUUGUGCACAACUCACAGAGGCUCAGAAAUGUGCAAAUCUUGGUUAAGCAGCAGUUACUCAUCUGUAGUUACUCAUCUCAUCUUUUUUGGCUGCCUCACAAGUCAGUGCAUGAUCCUAGCCCUGACUAGGGGUCAGACUCAUGCCCUCUGCAGUGGAAGUGCGAAAUCUUAACCACUGGACCACCAGGGAUGUCCCAGUAUAUGUUCAUUUUUAAAAGAUGAUCAUCGCAGUGAAAACACAAGAAUAAAACAUUCUGCUAGAAAAAGCCUCCGAGGGGAACCCUGCUGACCCGGUUGGGAGACCCACCUCUAGCAGGAGACCCUGGAUGACCUCACAGCAGCACACUGCUCAGGACAGACUGGAUCUCAGCGCUUGGGUGGAGGCAUGUUCAGCUUAGCCCCCAAACUAGACUAUUAUCCUGCAUGUAGUUCUUUCCCUUGUUCAUUAGAAUACUAUGACCGUUUCAAUCAAAUGCCGUGUUGAUACACAGCUUUUGUAUACUAUUCUCUCAGUGUAGCCAUCCAAAACCCCAUAAAAAAGAAACAGGUUUGUUCAGUAUGACUUGGUUUUAACAACCCCAUGCUUAUUCCUUGAGAUCACUGCCUUCCUUACCUUAGUAACUGUAGCGCUGUUCAGUCGUUUGUUCUAGGGUUUUGCUGAGGAUCAGUGUCUAAUAUUUCAGGAUCCACCUGUGCGAUCUGCCCAGAGCUGCCCUCUGGCUCCUCACACAGUCUGCUGCAAAGUCUCUGCCUCCUGUGGAGUGCAGCUCAUGUGGCCUCGGGGCCUGGAAACCGUUUAAGGCAUUGACAAGCCUGCUUACUAACCUGUCCUGGGCUGCAGUUUCCUGCUUUACCUUUUCUUUACCUUUUCUCAUUUAAGAAUCAUUCUCCCAAAGAGAAGCCAGAGACCAGCCAAACUGUGAGUGGUUCCAGUCGCUCAAUGCCUGAGCCGUUCUGCCUCUUCCCAUCUCUGAGUGAUACCCUUCUUGUUUCUGUACUUCCUGAAACCUGCUUUCCAAAGGUCUGAGAUCCACAGACCAGCAUGGCUGCCACUGCCGCUGUCAGUCCCAGUGACUACCUGCAGCCUGCUGCCUCUACCACCCAGGACUCCCAGCCAUCUCCCUUAGCGCUGCUUGCCGCGACAUGUAGCAAAAUUGGCCCUCCAGCUGUUGAAGCUGCGGUGACGCCUCCUGCUCCCCCCCAGCCCACUCCACGGAAACUCGUCCCUAUCAAACCCGCCCCUCUCCCUCUCAGCCCCAGCAAGAAUAGCUUUGGAAUCUUGUCCUCCAAGGGAAACAUACUUCAGAUUCAGGGGUCACAGCUGAGCACGUCCUACCCUGGGGGGCAGCUGGUGUUCGCCAUCCAGAAUCCCACCGUGGUCAACAAAGGGACCCGAUCGAACACCAGUAUCCAGUACCAGGCGGUCCCUCAGAUCCAGGCCAGCAGUCCUCAGACCAUCCAGGUGCAGCCCAGUCUGACCAACCAGAUCCAGAUCAUCCCUGGCACCAACCAAGCCAUCAUCACCCCAUCCCCGUCCAGUCACAAGCCCGUCCCCAUCAAGCCAGCCCCUGUCCAGAAGUCAAGUACGACCACCGCUCCAGCACAGAGCGGGGCCAAUGUGGUGAAGCUGACAGGUGGCGGUGGCAAUGUGACCCUUACUCUGCCUGUCAACAACCUCGUGAACACCAGCGACCCCGGGGCCGCCACUCAGCUCCUCACAGAGAGCCCUCCUGCCCCGCUGUCUAAGACUAACAAGAAAGCCAGGAAGAAGAGUCUUCCUGCCGCCCAGCCCCCUGUGGCCGUGGCCGAGCAGGUGGAGACGGUGCUGAUCGAGACCACCGCAGACAACAUCAUCCAAGCAGGAAACAACCUGCUCAUUGUUCAGAGCCCUGGCGGGGGCCAGCCAGCCGUGGUCCAGCAGGUCCAGGUGGUGCCCCCCAAGGCCGAGCAGCAGCAGGUGGUGCAGAUUCCACAGCAGGCCCUGCGGGUGGUGCAGGCAGCGUCCGCCACACUCCCCACCGUCCCCCAGAAGCCCUCCCAGAACUUCCAGAUCCAGGCUGCUGAGCCAUCACCUACUCAGGUCUACAUCCGUACGCCUUCUGGUGAGGUACAGACGGUCCUUGUCCAGGACAGCCCCCCAGCAACAGCUGCGACUGCCUCCACCACCACUUGUAGUAGCCCCGCAUCCCGUGCUGCCCAUCUGAGUGGGACCAGCAAAAAGCACUCGGCUGCAAUUCUCCGAAAAGAACGACCCCUGCCAAAGAUCGCUCCUGCUGGGAGCAUCAUCAGCCUGAACGCAGCACAGCUGGCAGCGGCAGCCCAGGCCAUGCAGACCAUCAACAUCAACGGUGUCCAGGUCCAGGGCGUGCCCGUCACCAUCACCAACACUGGCGGACAGCAGCAGCUGACUGUGCAGAAUGUUUCUGGAAACAACCUGACCAUCAGUGGGCUGAGCCCCACCCAGAUCCAGCUGCAGAUGGAACAGGCCCUGGCUGGAGAGACCCAGCCUGGGGAAAAGCGGCGCCGCAUGGCCUGCACGUGUCCCAACUGCAAGGACGGAGACAAGAGGUCUGGAGAGCAGGGCAAGAAGAAGCACGUGUGCCACAUCCCCGACUGCGGCAAGACUUUCCGUAAGACGUCCCUGCUUCGGGCUCACGUGCGCCUGCACACCGGCGAGCGGCCCUUUGUUUGCAACUGGUUCUUCUGUGGCAAGAGGUUCACACGGAGCGACGAGCUCCAGCGGCAUGCCCGCACCCACACAGGGGACAAACGCUUCGAGUGUGCCCAGUGUCAGAAGCGCUUCAUGAGGAGUGACCACCUCACCAAGCAUUACAAGACCCACCUGGUCACGAAGAACUUGUAAGGCCAACUGAGGCAGAGGCCCCACAGAUGCAGACCUGCCCGUGUCCUGCCUGGGCCUCUGGCAGAAAGGAGGCCCACGCUGUCAUGGGCCCGCCUCAACCCCCGUUCCUGUUGUGCGACUGUCCCCACAGGAAGGGGCUCUGCUGCCCCAUAUGCACCUCCUUCUGAAGCCCCUUGGCUCCGCCCUGGCCCUCCCCUCUCACCACAAGCUCCUGGCCUGCCCAAACCAUGGACACUGGCCAUGCCCAAUGAGACGUUCUAAAUCAGGACGAGUGGGAACCCUUAUUUCCAAAGGAAAAACAUGAAUUUCACUCCGUCGAGGAGCAAAGUGAGCCCCCUCCCCCCAACACUGCCGGAGUCGCAUCGUGCCAUGCCCCCUCCCUCUCCUGCACCUCUCUGGCCCCCUCGGCCACUGCGGACGCCUGGACGUCCGGGGCCCUGCACCCAGGGCUCCGCUGGCAGCCAGUCCGCCUCCACUCCACACGCCCCACCCCACCCCGAUUCUCCUCCAGCACAUUCCAACUUUCUAUUUAAAAAGUAAAGCUACCCACCCACUCCCUGAUUCCCCUCUUUUUCUAUGGAGAACGUUGCCUUAUACUCUACUUCCGAUGAUGAACACUGUGUAUUGUGUGUGCUUUAAAGUUUAUUUAAUUGCUCCCUUCUUCCUGUCCUUGUUACUCACCUCCCCCAUGCCUGCUUUUAGUUUAGGGUUUUUGGGGGGCAAUGAUGAGCAUAUGAAUUUUUUUUUCUCACUUAGCAAUUCUCUUUUCUAAAUGACACAGCAUUUCAACUCGAAUCUGGAUUCAGAUGAAACACCUUCCCAUCCGGAACCUCGUCCCUCUCCCCAUCAUCUCCCCUACCCUGACCAGCCCAAGCCCUACUUGUGUACAGUGUAUAUUGUAUAAUAGACAAUUGUGUCUACUACAUGUUUAAAAACAUAUUGCUUGUUAUUUUUGAGGCUUUUAAAUUAAAACAAAAAUCCAACUUUAUUUUUAGUUGUAACUGCUUGAGGUAUGUUUUAUGAAUUAAGUGACAGAUUUGUUAUCCUUUAUUAACGAUGUACUUUGUUGGUCAGCGCUGGGCUGACAAAAAUUUUUUCUUGCUAAUAAAUUUAGUUGCCUGAGGCAAAAUCUGCAA